UUACACUGCUAUUAAACAUAAUUCGCAAUUCUGGAUUGGAUUCCUUAUCUUGUUUUAUUCAAAAAUCACGCGAUUUUUGUUCUCCAAACUGCGCGAUCUGUGAUCUUUAUGUAUUUAUCGUUGCAGUUUUACUAAUUUUGUCAUUAACUUUUUAUAAAAUACGUACUAAAUCACCCCUUGAUAAGUACAUUCACUGAGAAAAAAAAGAGGGUGCGAUUAACAUUUUUUCCUCAGAAAUUUAACACUUUUUAGGUGUAAAAAUAUAUGAACAUUUUUUAAUGUUAAUUUUACACCUUAUUAAGGAUAAAAUUAACACGAAAAAGGGUACCUUUAACCCCUAAUACACCUAAAAAAGGUAAUAUUUACACCGAUUUUGGAUCAAUACUGCAGGGUAAAAUUAACAUUUCCGGAAUGUUAUUUUAACUUUUUCGGAUUUCUCUCAGUGUUAAUACAAUUUAAGAUUUGGAAGAGGUAAUUUCGUAAAAUUGUUCGUAAAUCUUUGUGGAUUCCUAUUGGGAACUUAUGAAAUGUUCGUAAAUCGUAUAACCCACUAAAAAGUUAACAAAUAUUGUUCGUAACAUAAUUAUUUGACAAGCUUUUAUAUGUUCUUCUGAUAAUUUGUUCGUAAAUGUUUGUAAAAACACAAAAAAUUUCGUAAAAUUGUGUCAUUUGUAAAUGCUUGUCUGACAAACAAAAAUGUACGUGUAAAAGAAGAAAAAUGAUCAUUAAGUGAUUAUACGACACUGAGAAAAAAAGGGUAUGCGAUUACCUUUUUUUCCUCGUAAUUUUAACACUUUUUAGGAGUAAAAAUGUUUUUAAUGUUAUUUUUACACCUUUUUAAGUGUAAAAUUAAUAUGAAAAAAGGUAACUUUAACCCACAAUACACCUAAAAAGCAUAAUAUUUACACCGAUUUCGGAUCAAUACUGCAGGGUAAAAUUAACAUUUCCGGAAUGUUAUUUUAACUUUUUCGGAUUUCUCUCAAGUGGAAUAAUGUUUGUGAAAAAAGAACAAGCUUUUACAAACUUGUUUGUGAGUAAGUUCCCAAUUGAAAUUCACAAACAUUUACGAGCAAUUUUAAGAAAUAUUUUUUUCUGUACGGUAAUUUACCAAAAGUCGGACAGUGCUAAAAGUCGGACACAUCUAAAAUCGUACUUUAAUGAAAGAUCUUUUUAGAAGACAAUUGCAUAUAAAAUUGAGCUAUUUUUAAAGUUCUGUACUAAUUGGAGAUUAUUUCAUCAAAAAUUAUUUUAGAAAAUUUUGAAGGAAAAUUUCCAAUUUUUGAAUGAAAAUGCCUCCAUAUUGGGUUUAAUUUAUUUCACGAAAUUUUUGACAGUUUUCUUGCAUUUUCCAAGUGCCUUGCGCUUUUUAGUAGCAAGAGUUAGAAAUGUGUUUUUGUCGAUUGUCUAGCCAUUUCUAGCGAAAAAUCAGAGGAAAUCAUCCUUCAAAUCUUGCUUGGAUUCCACUAGACAUUUUCAGAAGAACACUCUUCGCAUUUUUGGGAAACCACAAACACUUUUUUCACUUUUACCUGAAGUAAAACGACUAAUUUUCAUGAAAAAAACAAUUUCGAAUCGUAUUGAUUUUCUUUUGAAAUUUUGUCAAUAAUGACUUUGAUGUAUUUUGUUUCGAUGUGUACCGAUUCAUAUUUAAGAAAAUUUUUUAAGCGAAAUACCUCAAAUUGGAUAUGACUUUUGUAGAAAUUGCCUACACUUUUGACAAAUUUCCUGCAAAAAUCCUUCUUUUUGCCAUUUUUUGAAGAUCGUUUUUCAUAGAAUUUCCCCAUACAUCUUCAGUGUCCGCCUUUCCAUAUUUUACAUUAAGUAUCGUAAAAAUUCUAUAAUUCGUACAUCCUGAAGCUGUAAAAAAUUAGAAACAUUCCAUAGGGUAUAUGUGCCAAAUUUCGACCAGCUUUAAAUUUCGGCCAUUUUGAGUGUAACUUCAGCCAAGCAACUAAAUUAAUUAGAAUUAUGGAUUUAAUCUUCAAAUAGUUAAUGAUUUUUUUCCUUUUAGAUUUUUAUCAUUUUUAGAAUAAAUUAAAGUUAGGUUAAUUCACACAUAACCUUAACUAUUAUUAAUCGUAUCGAGAUAUUGUAUUACAAGGUAAUCAUUUUUACAGUGUCAAUUCUCGUAUUGGAAGAAUCUGUCAAGUUCGUUGUAGACUGCCCAGGAGCGCCUUCCCGUUAUGUGGAUGCUUCUUUCAUGCUCCCGAAGUUGUUAUGCGAAGGCGGUGCAUUAUAUUACGUUAUUGUUACAUGUGGAAAUGCUCUAAAUCAAACAUCCAUGUCUUUUGCACCGGGCGGCACUCGAACUCACAACUGUGAGAGUCGAGUCAGAGAUCUCAUCCGCCCAAGAGGCAACGAUCUUACCUAUUGUGCCACUGAGAUCCCCAUAACCUUAACUAUAUAUUUUUUUCCUUUUAAAGUUGUACGGCCCCAGCCAUGCAAGCCACAAGGCCAAACCUUAACUAUAACUGAAAUAUUACAAAAAUACGAAUGGUUUUACCAAAACCAUUAGAGACAUCUCUUGCUUAACUAUCAAAGAAGCACGUUAUGAGAAUUAUAUUUCAAACUAACCUCAAAUAUAAAACCGGUUUGAAACGAUUUAUCAUACCACCAACACCUUUUAUUCUUGCUACAAGGCUUGAUAAGUUUUCAAAUUCUGUUCAGUAGGGGAAAGUAUUCUCCUUUCGAAUGUUCAUGCCUUCGAAUAAUGUGAAUUUUCUUUUAGUUUUCCUAAGAGAUUACACAUUUCUAUCAUUCACUGGACGAAUUCGAGACUAUUACAGCAGCUGAAAAAUCUGCAGCUGCCUAGUCCCGAACCCUCGACCUCACAGUCACAGAGCCACUGCUCUAUCCACUGAUCCACUGAGGCCCUACACAUUUCUAUCAAAUAUUAAUUGGAUUAUCAUCAAUUGUUGAUAAUUCCGUGAAAAUAAUGUGUAAAUCUCUUAAGAAAAGUGGAAGAAUUUCACAUUAUUCGAAGGCAUGAACGUUCGAAGGGAGAGUACUUUCCCCUACUAAAUAAAUUUUGAUGCUCUUUAGAAAUUUUAAAAUAUUACUCAAUGUAACAGGUCUAUAAUACAAUAACAGUCCCAAUAAUUCUCAAUUCAUUCACAAAUUUAUCCCAAAAAUUGUAAACUCUGUCAAAUGUUUACAUUGUAUGAUUUUACAGCCAACCUAUUUAUAAAAUGAUUCUAAAAUUGUUGAGUAGUUUUCCGAAUGGCUUUUAGUCACUCGCAGUUCAUCUCAAAGAGUACUCGUAAAUUUUUUGUGCAUCUUGGAGGAAUUCUCAAGAAAGAUUUGAAGAAAAAUUGUGUAGAAAAUGGAUCGUUGGGUGAAUAAAGUGGCUGUUGUUACUGGAGCUAGUUCAGGAAUUGGUGCAGCAAUUGUCAAAGAUUUGGCCAUAUCGGGAAUGAUUGUCAUUGGAUUGGCCAGGAGAGUUGAAAGAGUUGAAGCGAUGAAAAAUGAUUUGCCUGAAAAUGUGAGGAAAAAUCUUCAUGCCGUCAAAUGUGACGUGAUGAAUGAAGAUGAAAUUGUAAAGACCUUUGCAUUGAUUGAGGAAAAAUUCGGUGGAGUUGAUGUUUUGGUGAAUAAUGCUGGAAUUCUUGAUUCUUCAAUUCGUUUGAUUGACGAAGAUAACUCCUCAACUAUUCGUAAUACAGUAAAUACGAAUAUUCUGGGCGUGGUAUUUUGCACCAGGGAAGCUUUCAAAUCCAUGAAGAAACGUUCCCUUGCUGGUCAUAUUGUUCAUAUCAAUAGCGUUGCUGGACACUUUAUCCCACAAAUGCUCAGUGAAUUUCCCGAUUAUCACUUUAACGUCUACUGUGCAACGAAAUAUGCUGUAACUGCACUCACAGAAGGCCAUCGUCAGGAGUUUGUGCAGGAAAAGCUAAAUAUUAAAGUUACCAGCAUCAGUCCAGCUGUUGUUCAGACAGACAUUGUACCUUCGUACAGUGCGGAAAAUCUCAAAGAUUUCCCUCAUCUAAAGGCUGAGGACAUUUCUGCAGCGGUCCUCUACACCCUGGGAACUCCUCCUCAUGUCAAUGUCCAGGAGAUCACUAUCAAACCAGUUGGAUCAUUUAUUUAAAUUUUUGUUGUGUUUUAUUUCAUUCAAGCAAAAUACAAACUUAUGAAAAACGUACAAAAUAUA